AUGCAAGGGAACGCAGACGCCGAGUACACCUACGAUUGGCGGUCUACUUGGGGGCCCGAGUCCCGGCGGCGCUCGGAGCCUCGGCGCUCGGAGCCGCCGGGCGACUGGCGGAGCCCGUCACCAGGUCACCGAGAUGCUCGGGACACCUCCACUGGGCUGAUCCCGACGGACUACGGCGAUGACCACUACGUAGCCGCCAACGUGAAGAUUGCCUCCCACCCAGGACACUACAUGAACCAUGAAGCAAGCCAUCUCAUCAACCCGUUGUCGGUCGAAUACUGGGCAUCCCUGCCAGGACAGGUUCGUGACCAGGCCUUUGCCUUUGAGUUUGAGCAGGGUCACGUUCUCGCUGCCGUGGAAUGGAAGGACAGAGGUGACGGAAUGGGCGUGCAUCGCCUUUCGCUGGAAGCGAAGGUUAAUGGGGAGUGGCAGAAACUUUCUACCUGGGAAGCCGCCAAGAAGCCGGUUUGGCAGGUUCACAAGAUGACCAUGUCCAUACGGAGUAGCCUUUGGCGGCUCACGUUCCUCCAGAACCACGGAGAUGAGAACCAUCUUGUCGUUCAAGCUGUGAGGUUUGUCAUCAAGCUGCAGAAGACGGAACCAGCACACAAUGUGGGCUAUCCGCAAAAGAUCACCAGGCAAAUCUGGGGCGACCGCAGAUUCACCGAUGUGGAGGUCAUCUGCGGCGAGCAGCACUUUCCGGUGCACCGUGCCGGAGCCUUGAGAAGGAGAACCCGCUAA